AUGAAUGCGGUCAGUAUUGGGGAGUACCAUGGGCUGCGGGUGGGUUCAGCCCUGCUCAGCAUUGUAGCAGGUUGUAUCAUCAUUGGUGUGUCAAAGGACUGUGAUGCAGAUGCUGUGGGGGGCAUCUUCCUCGGGGCAGGGGGGCUUGGUCUCCUUAUUUCAGUCUACCCAUUCAUAAGAGCAUGGUUCAACUUCCAUCACAUACUGCCCAAUAUAGGCAACUUCAGAGUGCACCCGAUGGCUACAAACUCAAAUCCGGCCCCUGAACAGUCUGCAGCUACACUCACACGAGAGGGGACUCAAAGCCAGCUAAAUGUAGAGCGUUCGAAAAGCCGAAUGGGGGCAUUUGUGGAGACAGCAGCUCCUACAGCAGCCGAGGGCUCACAGGAUGAUGGCCCUUCUGCAGAUGUUCCAGAUAUCUUGGGCAGGCGGAAGUUUAAAUCACCAUCUUCUGAUCAAGACACUUCAUAA